AUGGCGGAGUACUGGGAUCUUCUACAAGGUGAAUCCUCAAGAGCCAGCCAGCAAAAGCAGUUAUGGCAAAAUCCGUAUAUUUGGUACGACUGGGCUUUGUUCCAGCGUCCAGGACCAUGCUCGAGAUAUACGAAGGCCAAACCACCACCUCUAAACUGGGUAGAUGAAUAUUUCGUCAUUCAUCAGCUGAGUCCGAAUUUCAUGCCAUUACCCCUGUUCGCAGUACAGUUGAUCCCCAGCCAUCGGUCAAACAAUCGUAAAGUACGAAUGCCAGCCAGCAUCAGUGGCGCGAGUUUUGUUCUCAUCUUGAAUGACGAAAGCAAUGGGAGGGCAGCCAAUGGAGAUACUGUCGAACCCCCUCUCCUUGCUUGA